UUGUUUUAUUUUCAGCUAUAUAUAUGUAUUAGGUUUCAGAAGAGCAUGUCAUUUGUAAUUAGAAAACUGCAAAAGGAGGACCUAAACGAGAAGUACUUCACGCUUCUAUCCACCCUUACAGAAGCACCUCUUCCCAGCAAGGCAGACAUAGAUAAAAUGUAUCGGUACAUGCAGAAGCACAAAGACACAUACAAUGUUUUUGUGGUUGUGUCUCCGGAGGGAAGUGUGGUGGGGUCAGGUACUCUGCUUGUAGAAAAAAAGUUUAUUCGCGCUCUUGGGUGUGUGGGGCACAUAGAGGACAUAGUCAUUUCAAACGAGUGCCAGGGAAAGGGCCUGGGGAAAAAGCUGAUAACCUUUCUAGCAGACAAAGCAAAAAGCAGAAAGUGCUACAAAGUCAUACUUGCAUGCAGUGAGGAGAACCAGAAGUUCUAUGAGAAGUGCGGGUUUUCCAAAAAAGAGGUUAUGAUGGCGCUGUACAUGAACUAA